CUUGAGUCGCAGACGGUGGCUCUGGAAGAUUCUGGUGGUCGCUGAAGACCGUUACCGAAUCUGAUCCCAUCCGAAACCGAGGAGCACUCCGUCUCAUUAGGGGUCCAUUUGUUCCCCUCUAAGGUCUUUUUUCAACGAUUUCAGAUAAAUAUCGGUUACGAUGCCCGAAACAGCGGCGGCACCCAAAGCCUCUAACGGAGGGAGAAUCAGAGGAGGGGCGUAUGUGGACCGUGACAAGCCGGCCCAGAUUCGGUUCAGUAAUAUCUCUGCGGGGAAAGCUGUUGCAGAUGCCAUCAGAACAAGCCUGGGGCCCAAGGGCAUGGAUAAGAUGAUCCAGGACGGUAAAGGUGAUGUGACCAUUACCAAUGAUGGGGCUACCAUCCUGAAACAGAUGCAGGUGCUCCACCCUGCAGCCAAAAUGCUGGUGGAGUUGUCCAAAGCGCAGGACAUUGAGGCUGGUGACGGUACAACCUCUGUUGUGGUGAUUGCUGGGGCUCUGCUGGAAGCCUGCGCCAAGCUUCUGCUGAAGGGUAUCCACCCCACCACCAUCUCAGAGUCCUUCCAGAAGGCUGUGGACAAGGCCGUGGAGGUGCUGAUACCCAUGAGCACACCGGUGCAGCUCAGUGACCGUGAGACGCUGCUCAACAGCGCCACCACGUCACUCUGCUCCAAGGUGGUCUCGCAGUAUUCCAGCCUGCUGGCGCCCAUGUGCGUGGAGGCUGUCAUGAAGGUCAUUGAUCCAGCCACCGCCACCAGUGUCGACCUGCAGGAUAUUAAAAUUGUCAAGAAGCUCGGUGGAACCAUUGAUGACUGUGAGCUUGUGGAUGGCCUAGUUCUGACCGAGAGGGUGGCAAACACUGGAGUGACCCGUGUCGAGAAGGCCAAAAUAGGCCUCAUCCAGUUCUGCCUGUCCCCUCCAAAAACCGACAUGGACAACCAGAUUGUGGUGUCAGACUAUGCCCAGAUGGACCGCGUGCUAAGAGAAGAGCGUGCAUACAUCCUCAACCUGGUCAAACAGAUCAAGAAGGCAGGCUGCAAUGUUCUGCUCAUCCAGAAGUCCAUCCUUAGAGAUGCUCUGAGCGACCUGGCCCUGCACUUCCUCAACAAGAUGAAGAUCAUGGUGAUCAAAGACAUCCCGAGAGAAGACAUUGAAUUCGUCUGCAAAACUAUUGGCACCAAGCCCAUCGCCCACAUCGACCAGUUCCACCCGGAGAUGCUGGGCUCAGCCGAGCUAGCUGAGGAGGUCAGCCUGGAUGGCUCCAGCAAGCUGGUGAAGAUCACCGGCUGCACCAGUCCUGGAAAGACGGUGAGCAUCGUGGUGCGAGGCUCCAACAAGCUGGUGAUCGAGGAGGCUGAACGCUCCAUCCAUGAUGCCCUGUGUGUCAUACGCUGCCUGGUGAAGAAGAGGGCCCUGAUUGCUGGUGGUGGUGCCCCAGAGAUUGAGCUGGCCCUGCGGUUGGCAGAGUACUCACGCACCCUGCCCGGCAUGGAGGCCUACUGUGUUCGCGCGUAUGCCGAUGCCCUGGAGGUCAUCCCAUCCACACUGGCAGAGAAUGCAGGUCUGAACCCCAUUUCCACAGUGACAGAGCUCCGCAACAGGCAUGCCCAGGGGGAGAAGACUGCUGGCAUCAACGUUCGCAAGGGUGGUAUCUCCAACAUCCUGGAGGAGCUAGUGGUGCAACCCCUGCUGGUGUCCAUCAGUGCCCUGACCCUGGCCACUGAGACAGUCCGCAGCAUCCUCAAGAUUGAUGAUGUGGUGAACGCCCGAUAAGAGGUGCCGUGCCGUCUAUGUAGUGAACAGUCGCUUAGUCUUCUCAUACUGUGAGGGACCACAGGACUAUUGCUUGUUGAGCUCUGUCUGUCCAUGUGUCCAGUAGUCAUUACAUCAUGUAAUUUAACGAUUAAAAGCAUCUUUUUUUUGACACUCCA